AUGGCAACAAAAGGACAUCUUUCUGCUUCAGUGUUGUGGCUGCUUCUCUCCAUUCAAGUCUCCUGGGGUGCUGAUGAAUUGAGGCUUUCAAAUGGAACUGGUCCCUGCUCUGGGAGAGUGGAAGUAAAACAUGAGGAGCAGUGGGGAACUGUGUGUGAUGGUGACUGGACCAUAGAAGAUGCUGAGGUUGUUUGUAAGCAACUACAAUGUGGAUCUGCUGUUCAGGCCCUGAAUAGAGCUCCUUUUGGAGAAGGAACUGGACCAACAUGGUUGUAUCGAGUUGAUUGUCAUGGUGAUGAAUCCGCUCUCUGGAACUGCUCACAUCUAGGAUGGGCUUCUUUUACCUGCCCUCAUUACUUUGAUACUGGAGUCAUCUGCUCAGGUUUCUCUGGACUGCACCUGACUGGAGGGGACACUGCCUGCUCAGGACAUCUGAAACUAAAGAUGGAAAAGGCUUGGGCUACGGUCUGUUUUUCACAAGUUGAUUUCAAAACUGCCUCUGUCAUAUGUAAGGAGUUAGAGUGUGGCCAGCCUGUGGAUAUUGUGAAAGGAACUCACUCUGGAAAAAGCCAUGAACUGUUCUGGCAAGAAGAGUUUCACUGUAUAGGGAAUGAAACUCACCUUGCACACUGCCCCAGGAAGCUGUACCACAGUAAGACAUGUUCUCAUGAUGCCACUGUUGUAUGUUCAGGCUAUGGUGGGUACAGGCUGGCAAAUGGCAGCACUGCUUGUUCAGGGAGAGUAGAGCUUCUUCAUGGAGGCACAUGGGGAACCCUGUGUGACUCCCUGUGGGAUUUACCAGCUGCCAAUGCCCUCUGCCAGCAGCUGGACUGUGGGGUUGCCCUACUAAUACCAGAAGGACCAUCCUUUGGGAAAGGAAAUGGAUCUGUCUGGAAUGGCACGUUCAGUUGCAAGAAUGGUUCACACCUGAGAGACUGUCCUGUGAGUGUGCUAGGUCAGGAGGAAUGCCCUGCUGGAAAAGAUGCUCAAGUGGUAUGUUCAGGGUGCCCAGGGGGCAGGUUGGUGAAUGGCAGCAGAUGCUCUGGCAGAGUGGAGAUUCGCCAUGGAGACACAUGGGGAAGACUCUGCCACUCCCACUGGAAUUUGCAAGCUGCCAGCGUUUUCUGUCAUCAGCUGAACUGUGGCUAUGCAAAGUCAAUCCAGACAGGAGACCGUUUUGUGGAUGGGAAUGGGCCUGUUUGGAGAGAUGCUUUUCACUGUGAAGGAACAGAGUCCUGCCUGUGGGAUUGUGCUCAAGUGACUUUGGGCAACCAAGCUUGUUCAGCCAGAGAAGCAGCCACUGUAAUUUGUUCAGGUCUUGCUGAAACACUCAGACUCACAGGUGGUGAGAGCCACUGUGAUGGGCGAGUUGAGAUCUCUCUCCAUGGCAUGUGGAACAGAGUUCUGGAUGAAGACUGGGACAUCAAGGAUGCUCAAGUGGUAUGCAGACAGCUCCAGUGUGGAACUGCUGAGAAAGCCUAUUACCUUCCAAGGUCCAAGCGAGGCACUGGUCCUGUGGGCUUAAGAAGUGUCCAGUGUGCUGGAAAUGAGACUCAGCUGAUGCUCUGCAAGACCUCCCCUUCUCAGACAGUGCCAGCUGGGGUUGCUGAAGAUGUUGGUGUGGUUUGCUCAGGUAGCAGACAGAUUAGGCUGGUGAAUGGAACAAAGCGUUGUGCUGGGAGAGUAGAGCUUUAUCAUCAUGGCAUCUGGGGCACCAUCUGCGACGAUAAUUGGGAUCUAUCAGAUGCUAAUGUUGUUUGCAAACAGCUGGGAUGUGGACAUGCUAUCAAGGCAUUUGUCUCUGCUCAUUAUGGCAAAGGUUCAGGACAGAUCUGGCUAGAUGAUGUGAACUGUACUGGGGCUGAAUCUGACCUCUGGACGUGUCCCUCUAGGUCAUGGGGUGAGCACAAUUGCCAACACAAAGAAGAUGCUGGAGUCUUGUGCUCAGAGUUCCUGGGUUUGAGGCUGGUGAAUGGCAGUGAAUGUGCUGGGAGACUAGAAGUUUUCUACAACGGGACAUGGGGAAGCAUUUGCUCCAAUCGUAUGUCUCAAGUCACUGCAAGAACUGUAUGCAAACACCUGAACUGCGGAGAUGGGGGAGAAAUUGCAAGAGACUUCGAAUAUGGCAGAGGUUCUGGGCCCAUGUGGCUGGAUCACAUUGAGUGCACUGAGCAACAUAGCUCUCUCUGGCAAUGUCAGUCAGAUACCUGGGAUCCUCACUCAUGUGAUAACCGAGCAGAAGAGACUCAUAUUUCUUGCACUGGAAGAAGAGAGGCAACAUCUCCACCCACAUUUGUUGAGUGUCCAAAUUCUACAAGUUGUUCAGACAGGGAGAAGUUACGAGUCAUAGGAGGAGAGAAUGGAUGUUCAGGCAGAGUGGAGAUUUGGCAGCAAGGUUCUUGGGGAACAGUCUGUGAUGAUUCCUGGGACAUGGCAGAUGCUGAAGUUGUAUGCAAGCAGCUUGGUUGUGGAUCUGCUGUGUCUGCUCUUAGUGAAGCUGCCUUUGGGGAAGGGACUGGUCCCAUAUGGCUGGAGAAGGUGCAUUGUAAAGGAACAGAGCUUUCUCUUUGGGACUGUCCAGCUGAGCCCUUGUUCAGCAAAACCUGUGAUCACAAGGAAGAUGCUGCUGUGGAUUGCUCUGGUAUGAUAGAAAAAACAGCACCACCCACUAGAGCAGAUCCUCCCCGUCGCCCUGCAACAGAUACUACGAGAAUGUCAGUGCCUGUCAUCCUCUGCAUUAUCCUGGGGGCCCUUCUCUGCCUGGUCCUUGCCAUUCUUGCUGGACAGAUCCAAAGCUCCAAGGCAUGGCAGAGAGGCUCCAGAGUAUCCUAUGACCCCUUCUCUGAGGCUGUCUAUGAAGAGAUUGACUAUAACCUGAUGACGGGAAAGCAGGGCAUGACUAGCCUCUCAGAUUCUCAUUCAGAACGUUCAGAAACAAAGACACAGUUUUACAGUGGAAACAGUGAUGAAGAAAAUGGUCCUGAAGCAACUCAAGAGGUCUCACCCCUGCCUGAAAAUACCCUGGAAGAUAGCUAUGAUGAUGUGACAGAAGCUUCUGGACCUAGAGGUGCUUCUCUUUCUGAGCAGAAUGGAUGGGAAAUCACUGAAAUCCCUGAAGAAGGGGACAGAAACAAUGAUUCACACACAGACUGGAGUCCUAAUGCAUCAGGAAACAGGACCUCUGAGGCUGAGAAAGAUUUAUCUUCUGCUCUUGAAGAUACAGGUUAUGAUGAUGUUGAAGAGCUGGGACACUGA